AGACGUGCUGCCUUACAAUGAAGACUUAAGUAGUAAUUAAAUUCUCGAGGAACCGCCGAGACUCCUUUGGCUGAAAUGGGGAUGUUCCGGGCCCUGGAUGCUGCGUCGCGGAGAAAAGGAUGUUUAAACACGACUCCGUCAAAGCAGCGAAGACUUCUGUAAGACAUGGAUAGAUGCAAACAUGUUGGGCGGCUACGACUCGCCCAGGACCACUCUAUCCUGAACCCCCAGAAGUGGCACUGCGUGGACUGCCAGACAACCGAAUCUAUCUGGGCUUGUCUGAAGUGCUCCCACGUAGCCUGUGGGAGGUAUAUCGAGGAGCAUGCACUUAAACACUUUGAAGAAACCAGGCAUCCGUUGGCAAUGGAAGUUAACGAUCUGUAUGUCUUUUGUUACCUUUGUGAAGAUUAUGUCUUGAAUGAUAACCCGGAGGGUGAUUUGAAAUUGCUGAGAAGUUCUCUGUCAGCAAUUAAAAGUCAAAAACAUGAUCCGUCAACAAGAAGUGGCAGGACAUUGCGAUCAAUGGCUUUGGGAGAGGACAUGUGCAGCCAUCAAAGGAGCCCUCAGGGACAAUCUCAGAUGCUUACAGCUCUCUGGCACAGGCGCCAGUCCUUGCUUGCAAAGGCGCUACGGACCUGGUUUGAUAAGAGCUCUAGAGGCCAGCUAAAAUUAAAACAAAAGAAACAAAUGGAGGAGUUGGAGAAAAAGAAGGAGGCAGCUAGGCAGCGGCGGCAGGAGAUGAAGAGACAACUCCUGGAGGAGCUGGCAAACACUCCUCCGAGGAAGAGUGCAAGGCUGUUGUCUCACGUGCACAGAGAGAACUUGAUUCCAAGGAAAUUCAGGGAGGUGGCGACCGCUUCCCCUACCUCAAGGCAGAUGCAGAGCAGCAGAUUCAAACAGUUUUAUUCCAUCCGGCGUAAGCCUCUGAUGACUCCCGGGGUAACGGGUCUAAGGAACCUGGGAAACACAUGUUACAUGAAUUCUAUUCUGCAAGUGCUAAGUCACCUCCAGAAAUUUAGAGAAUGUUUUUUGACACUUGAUCUCUGUGAAACAGAAGAACUCUUAGCCAAAACUGUGAAUGGGAAGUCUAGGAUGCCUGGCAAAUUGGCAAAUGGGUCUGCUGCUAAUGAGUCAGGGAAGACUGACAAAGUGGGAUCAUAUGGCACGCAGAGCUUGCCAGCUGGCUUAAAUGGUGGCUCCUCAAUAAGCAGGAGUUUAGAACUAAUACAACCCAAGGAACCAAGUUCAAAGCACAUCUCCCUCUGUCACGAAUUGCACACCCUCUUCAGAGUGAUGUGGUCUGGCAAGUGGGCGCUCGUGUCGCCCUUUGCCAUGCUGCAUUCUGUGUGGAGUCUGAUCCCAGCGUUUCGAGGUUACGAUCAGCAGGAUGCUCAGGAAUUUCUCUGCGAGUUGCUGGAUAAAGUACAGCAGGAGCUGGAGUCGGAAGGAACGAAGCGCAGGAUCCUUAUCCCUUUCUCACAGAGGAAGCUCACCAAGCAGGUCCUGAAGGUGGUGAACACCAUUUUUCAUGGGCAGUUGCUUAGUCAGGUCACCUGCAUAACAUGCAACUACAAAUCCAACACUGUUGAGCCCUUUUGGGAUCUUUCCCUGGAAUUCCCCGAGCGCUAUCACUCCAUCGAGAAAGGAAUCGUCCCUGUUAAUCAGACAGAGUGCAUGCUGACAGAGAUGUUGGCCAAGUUCACCGAGACCGAAGCUCUGGAAGGGAGGAUAUACGCGUGCGACCAAUGCAACAGCAAACGGCGAAAGUCUUCUCCUAAACCUCUUGUUCUGAGUGAAGCUAAAAAGCAGUUAAUGAUCUACAGACUACCUCAGGUCCUCCGACUGCACCUUAAACGAUUCAGGUGGUCUGAACGUAAUCACCGUGAGAAGAUUGGGGUCCAUGUCCUCUUUGACCAGGUAUUAAACAUGGAACCUUACUGCUGCAGGGACUCUCUCUCCUCUCUUGACAAAGAGACCUUUGUCUAUGACCUCUCCGCUGUGGUGAUGCAUCACGGGAAAGGGUUUGGCUCAGGACACUACACAGCAUAUUGCUACAACACAGAGGGAGGUUUUUGGGUCCACUGCAAUGACUCCAAACUGAAUGUAUGUAGCGUGGAGGAGGUGUGCAAAACCCAGGCCUACAUUCUUUUUUACACUCAAAGAACAGUGCAGGACAAAGCAAGAAUCUCAGAAAAACAACUCCAAGCUCAGGUGCCGUCCAAAAAUAGCGAUAAGGACAGAAGACUGACAUUCCCAUGAUGGGGAGCUCUGUAACUCAAU